GAUGUUAGAAGUUUUAAUGCAUAGAAGAACAUUACUAUUAAUAGUUUUCAUUAGUUGUUCCGCUUUUGUUAUUGCCUUUGCGACUAAUUCUUGGUUGUCUAAAAGUUAUAAACUCGAUAAAGACGAAGCAAUUCUAUACAUUGGCUUAUGGAAUGAAUGCAUUUGUACACAAUUUAAUAAUUUUGGACUGAGAAGCGAAGAUUGGUUUAAAACAUCUCAGGCAAUGGCCACAUUAGCGCUUGUUGGAUAUAUCGCUGCCUUUCUAAUUGUAGUACUACAAGUUGUAUUACCUCAAGAAUGGUAUAUAACAUAUGCGUUAAUUGGUUCAAUUUUAGUAGCUUGUAAGCUAAUUCCGAUAAGUGUAUUUGGAGCUGUUUUAAUAUUCGUAUUAGGAUUUGCGACGAAUGGAUGGGUAAGUAUAAACUAUAAGGUUUACGAUAUAGAAAGUUCUCUUCAUAUUGGUCUAUGGAGCCAAUGCCUUUGCGGAGAUUUUCCGGAUAUGAAAAUAAGAGACGAAGGAUGGUUCAAAGCGACUCAAGCAAUGGCUACUAUGGCCCUUAUUAUCUAUAUAAUAUGCCUGGUUUCCUCUUUGCUAUUGGUGAUCCUGUCGUACGAACGAUACCUUAUUUUCGCAAUUAUUAUUUCAAUUUCCUUAGCUAGUAUAUUUGCUAUGAUUAGUAUCGUAAUUCUUGGUGAGAAUACUAAAGAUGGUACAUAUAGGGCAUUUGAUCCCAACUUUUCAUUUGGAUUUGUUUGUGUGUCACUCAUUGGAGCCAUACCAGUACUUAUUCUAUCUGUGCUAACGUUAAAGAAACAAUGA